AUGAGGAGUUCUAUGCCUGGUGUGUUGCCCGCCUGCAGCUGCCGACAUCCCUCAUCCCUGAGAUUUUCGCUGACCUGGACACCCGAAAAGAGGGAUUGCUUCGACCGUCGCAUUUCGAGAUGCUGCUGUCUGCAGAGGUUGGCGCUCGCAGCUUUGGGCAGAUCUUGGGCUCCGCCUUGGGCGACCUGGCAGCAGCCUUUGACGAGGCAGACGACGAGGGCGAUGGAAAUGGCCUGGUGA